CCUGCCCACUAUAUAUUGAAUCUAAUUUUAUAUAUAUAUAGUAUAUGCUUAAAAUACGACCAGUUGUCUUCCUCUGCACUGCUAACGUUAACUUAGUAACGUGUAACGUUGCUGCAGGUCCCCACGCGUAUUUCUAGGAGAAUGGAUCCCGAAGGUAGCCAACUUAGUCCAGACGGAGAGACCCCCACGCUGGACCACAACCCCAAAUACCAGAGGAAACUGAAGAGCCUUCAUUUGCUCGCAACGAAGUUUAUCCGGCUGUUGCAAGAAGCUGAAGACGGUGUGCUCGACCUGAAGGACGCCGUCACGGUUCUGGCUGUUAGACAGAAAAGGCGAAUCUACGACAUCACAAAUGUGUUGGAGGGCGUUGGUCUGAUUGUGAAAAUCUCCAAGAGCAUUGUAAAGUGGAUUGGCACAGUGCCAGGAGACAAUGGAUACACGGUAAGCAACAGAUUGAUGGAUCUGAGGGCGGAGAUGAUGGACUUGGAGCAGAAGGAAAGUAUGUUGGACCAACAGAAAUUCUGGGUUGAACAGAGCACAAAGAACACAAGAGAAGACUGCAGCGAUCUGACCUAUGUGAAUCAUGACGAUAUCUGCAACUGCUUCAGCGGCCAAACUCUCUUGGCAAUACAGGCGCCAUGUGGCACUCAGCUAGAUGUGCCCAUUCCCAAAGCUGUCCAGAACUGCCCAGCAAAGUACCAGAUCCAUCUGAAGAGCGUCAAUGGACCGAUCGAUAUCGUUCUUCUGAACAAACUCUCUGUCAGCUCUCUUCCUGUCGUUCUGCCAGUCCCACCGUCUGAGGAACUUUUACGGAGCGCCAAAUCGGCCAUGUUUGCUUCACGCGAGACGGAAAGCAGUAUUGCUCCGUGUCAGGCGUCAGCGAGCAUCAGGCGUGGCAGCGUAUCAAUAAGGGCGUUCAUGGAGGACAUGCUGCACCUUCAGUCAUCGUCGCCUUCCAACGCUGAGUCGCACAGAACGGAUACAUCUAAAUUGAGAGAUUUAUCAAAAGAACUGCAGGACCUCCUGCGCCCGACCAAAGAAAUAAUGAAUGUAAAUCUGCUCAAGGAGCUUUUAUCCUCCUAAGUUUUUUCUUCUCUCCACCCCAUCUACAAUCUGGAUGAGAGUGAAGGCAUCUCUGACCUCUUAGACAUCCCACGCUCAAUGACCAUAAACUUCUUUAUUAAAGCCUUCAGAGAAAAUAGUUUACUCCAGAAAUGCACGUUGUCUCGUUUUAAUUAGUUAUGUGAUCAUAUCAAAUAAUAAAUGAAUGAUUUUUGAAUAUUGUGUCAAACUUAUUAAUAUACUGAGAAGCAAAAACUAUAUAAAUGCUUUCCAAUUCAAUACAGUCCAAGAUCAACAAAAGAAUGAUUCAUCCUCUGGGUACCAUGAAUGUCUGGACCACAGUAGUAUCCUCCUACAGGCACGGCCUGUAACUGUAUGCACACGUUGCAUCACUGCACCAGAGUUGAACAUGAAGUGCCUGAUAAAGAACAAAUUAAAUGAAGUAUUUAUCAUGUAAUUUAGUAGAUAUACAUUUUGCGCACAUAAACCCUCCAUAGAUGAAUGAGGUGAAACUUCAACUUUUUUUAUUGUUUAAUUUGUGUAUUUUAAAAUGCAUAUGGUUCACAUUAUUCAGUAAUAGGAAUAAUUAAUAGUAACUGAGUUAUUGCAUUUGUUUCGGAGCCUUUUCACUGUGCUGCUGUUUUACAAAUAAAGUAAUUUUGCAAAUAAAGAAGUAUCAGCUGCACCACAAGAGCAGCUUCUUUCCUCAGGCUGU